GUGGAAACAACCAAUUAGACUGGUCCAUUUUGCACCGGAAGCUGUGUUGUUUACAUUUUCUAAGAUGGCGGCGGGGAUGUAUUUGGAGCAUUAUUUGGACAGCAUAGAAAACUUGCCCUUCGAGUUGCAGAGAAACUUCAAUUUGAUGAGGGAUCUAGAUCAACGCACAGAGGAUCUGAAAGGACAGAUAGACUCUCUGGCUAAAGAGUACACAGCCAAUGCCAGGACUCUUUCCUCUGAGCAAAAGCUGUCCAUACUGAGGCAGAUUCAGCAGUCUUACAGUAAAUGCAAGGAGUUUGGAGAUGAUAAGGUGCAACUGGCCAUGCAGACCUAUGAGAUGGUCGAUAAACACAUCAGACGUCUUGACACAGAUCUGGCUCGGUUUGAGGCUGACCUGAAGGAAAAGCAGAUUGAGAGCACGGACUAUGAUUCCACAUCUAGUAAGGGGAAGAAAGUUGAGUCCCGACAAAAGGAAAAGAAGACUGCUAAAACAAGAUCUAAAGUGAAGAGUUCAGAUGAAGAUGGCAGUCCCAAGAGUGCCCAGAAGAAAGUCAAACUCCUUCAGCCAGGAGAAUUCAGCAGCCCUACCACCAACUUUGGGAAUGUGCACCCAUCUGAUGUUCUGGACAUGCCAGUGGACCCCAACGAACCCACCUACUGUCUGUGCCAUCAGGUCUCUUAUGGCGAGAUGAUUGGCUGUGACAACACUGAUUGCUCCAUUGAGUGGUUCCAUUUUGCAUGUGUGGGCCUGACAACCAAACCAAGAGGCAAAUGGUAUUGUCCACGAUGCUCUCAAGACAGAAAGAGAAAAUAAAAACAGCUGGUUUACCUGGAACAAAAUGUGGACAAUGAUCAGAUGAUGAAAAUUAGAAGAAUAUUUCUUCAUUAGUUACUAGAAUUUUUUGUUUCUCAUCUUCCUUAACGUUUGGUGCUUUUUCUUUUGGUUUAUGUAAUUUGCCUGGGUAUGAUGCAGUGUGUGUGUGUGUGUGUGUGUGUGUGUGAGAGAGAAGGAGCGAAGUGGUUACAAAUGUAUUUAAAUAUUGAUUUUUUUUUUAAACGGUUAACAAUAAUUUUUUUAUUUUUAUUUUUUUUAAAGUUACCUUUGGUGCUCUUAUUAUGACUUUUUUUAUUAUAAUUUUUUUUUUACGAGUGAAUAAUAAACACUACAACUGCC